GAUCCAUUUCAUUCCCGAUUCAAAUCCAACACCUUCCUUCUUCUAUCUCUCUCCGUGUUUGAGAGAGAGAGUGACAGACAGAGGUCAAAUAUUUCUCUCUUAUCUUUUUCCCUCCUUAAAACAUAGAACUCUCUCUCUCUCCUUACUCUCUCUCUCUCUCGCUGUCCUCUGUUUCUUCUCUCGAUCUCCAUUUCUUUUUUCCUUCAUUCUUUUACUCUCUCUACAAGUUUCAACUUUCUUUUCUUUUCUUCUCUCUAUAAAAGGACGAAGCUCGUCUUCUUGAUUAAGCGGGGGUCAUUUAGUGACGAUGGACGGCGGGGCAUCUUAUAAUCCUCGCACGGUGGAGGAAGUCUUUAGGGAUUUUAAAGGUCGAAGAGCUGGCAUGAUUAAAGCUCUUACUACUGAUGUUGAAGAGUUUUACCAGCAGUGUGAUCCUGAGAAGGAAAAUCUCUGCCUUUAUGGAUUUCCUAGCGAGCAGUGGGAGGUCAAUUUACCUGCUGAAGAGGUGCCUCCUGAGCUUCCAGAGCCUGCUUUAGGUAUCAACUUUGCCAGAGAUGGGAUGCAAGAAAAGGACUGGUUGUCUCUGGUUGCUGUUCACAGUGAUGCAUGGUUACUUUCUGUGUCCUUCUAUUUUGGGUCUAGGUUUGGAUUUGACAAAGCGGAUAGAAAACGCCUUUUCAACAUGAUAAAUGAUCUUCCAACAGUGUUUGAGGUUGUGACUGGAACGGCCAAGAAACAAGUAAAAGAAAAGUCAUCAGUUUCAAAUCACAGCAGCAAUAAAACUAAAUCAAACUCUAAGCGAGGCUCUGAAUCCCAAGGCAAGUUUUCAAAGGUAAUGCAAGCAAAAGAUGAAGACGGCGAGGGCUUGGAUGAAGAAGAUGAAGAAGAGCAUGGAGAGACACUAUGUGGUGCUUGUGGAGAAAACUAUGCCUCUGAUGAGUUCUGGAUUUGCUGUGACAUCUGCGAAAAGUGGUUCCAUGGAAAAUGUGUGAAGAUCACCCCAGCAAGGGCUGAGCAUAUUAAGCAGUACAAAUGCCCAUCUUGCAGCAACAAAAGAGCACGGCCUUGAUGAAGACUGGAGCUUGCUCUCUGUGUAUUAUGUAUGGCAUGUGGGACUGCUAACUGUCUAGUAGGUCAGGUUUGUUCUUAGUCAUGUGUCCUUUAUUUAUCUAGGAAAACUAUUUGGGUGUUAUGAGUAGUUUGCAAAAUCUGCUGUUUAUUUUAACCAUAAAUUAGGAUAUUUGUUACACUUUCAGCUUGGCAACCAUUUUCCCCAUGAUUGGGAUAUGAUUGUUUGUUGACGUUAUGUUUAUAUUCAAUCUGUCCAGUUCUAUGAA